GGCAGGGAGAGCUGGGUCACAGUUUCCUAACUGCCUGCCCCGAAUGGGCCCUGUUUGUGCCUAUUUGGGGACUCCACCCCACUGGAUGCCCUGCCAGCAUGCAUUGAAGUGAUCAUUCCUCAAAGUGGGUGAGAACAGAGGCCAGUGGAGUAUCUGAAGAAACCAAGAUGUCUGCACCUCUGGAACAGCUUCCUGGGCAGGUGGAGAACCCAGUCAUGCACCAACCCUCGCAGUGGCCCCCUAUCCUGUGUGGACCCUGCAUUCCUAUCAUGCUGGCCCUGGCCUUGCUGGCUGCUAUCUUCCUCCUGGCCACAGCAGUCCUGGCUGAACGCCUAUUCCGCCGUUCUCUCAGAUCAGAUCCUAGUGUCGGGAGACCUAGCCUGGUCUGGCGUCCAGGUGGGGAGCUGUGGAUUGAGCCUGUGGGGACACCCCAUGAACGAUCUGAAGACUGGUAUGGUGCAAUAGCCCCUCUUCUGCACUCCCAGGUUACGGAAGCCACAAUUCCUAGGGGCACUUUAGAGGCACAAGCUACAGCACCUCCUAAUCCAGAUUCCCCUCCCUGUCCCUCAGUUCUUCCCUGGGCCCCUGAGUCCCCUGGGAGCACAUUCUGGAUGGCAAAUCCUUGGGAAGAAAGGCCUCGGACUACUGGUCUAGUAGGAUGGUGUGAGCCACAGCCAGGGCCAGAACCCUUAAGCUCACCAUUUUAUGGCAGUCACAGGCCAGGGAGCCCUGAGCCUGACUGGGGCCUACAACCACGGGUAACUCUGGAGCAGAUCUCAGCUUUCUGGAGAAGAGAGAACAGGGUUGGUGGAGGACCCUGAAAAAUGGACUCUUUGGCUUGCCUCAUUCCCAUUAGCCUUCCUGCAGAGACCUUCCUCCAUUCUAAUAGCCUAUGGGAAGCUGGACCUACAGAGAGUCAAGUGACACUCGGGGCCCAUGGAUACAGGACUCUGGACUCCAUCUUGGGAUUCUAGACAAUCCCUCAAAGAAGAGAGGUGGGACUUGGGGAGGAUCCUUAAGGACUGAGUGCUGAGCAUUUCUAAGAACAUCAAGACAUCUUUCUUCUGGACUGUGGGAUCAGGCUGGGCAUGGACGAGAGUAUUCACUCAAUUGAGUCAAAUGGAAUCCUAGCUCACCCUAUGAUGAGGUUAAGCCUCAGAGGAUCUUGAAAGGCUGGCAAAUGCCAGUGGAUGCUAAUGAAACUAUAAAGCCACCAGAGUAAGAAUAUUGACUGUGUUAAAUGUAGGAAAUGGACAUUUCUUUCCUUCCUUUUCCUUGUAUUUAAUCUCCUACCUGCUGUUCCUGAUCUCAUCCUCUUUGUCUUUUUAACUAUGGUGACUAGACCUCUUUCCAAGCAGGUAGGAUGCCUCCUUCUGUAGAUAAAAGGACUUUUAUCUUCAUAACUUGUAAAUGUAGAUAUUUUUCAGUGUUAUUGUGAUGAUGAACAAAAGACAGAUGGCUGACUUCAGUUCACUUCCAGGAAUUAGGGCUAGAAGACAUUUUAGAAACCCUCAAGUUCAUCCCUGUCAUUUUAUAGAUGAAUUAACUGCAGAUUAAAGAAGAAAAGGAACUUGCCUAAGCUACCUAGCCAGCAUAUGUCAGACACCACGUCUCUUAACUUCUAAGUCAGGCAUCUUCCCCCCCAACCCCCAAAUAGUAUUUUAUUGCAUUUACCCCCAAUUACAUGUAAAAACAAAUGUCAACAUUUGUUUGCUGAUAAUUUGUAAUCCACAUUCUCUUCCUUUCUCCCCAAGACAGUAAUCUGAUAAGAGUCAUACAUGUGCUAUCAUACAAUACAUAUUUCCUUAUUUGUCAUGUUACAUAUUGCACAUAUAAGAAAAAAUUCAUGAAGGAAAUAAAGUAAAAAGUGAUAUGCUUUGAUCUGCA